UGCGGCGCGGAGGAGGCGGAGUCACUCGGCGGCCAUUAGCUGUGUGUUGUUGCUCGGAACUAGGAGCUUAAGUGGAGAGGGAAGUCGUAUUCGGUGGAAAUCAACCGUGGCCAUAGACUUCUGCGAGGGCUAGCCUUAGACUACGGAGAAAGCGGACGUUUCGGUUGCCUGCCCCGCCGAGUGGCGGGGCCCACCAGGCCUCUGGACAUCCCCGGUCUCUAGUAGGCCCGCUCUGCCGGCAAGGGCUCCCCAGAGCGGGAGGCGCCAUGUCGCUGGUUGCUUACGCCAGCAGCGAUGAGAGCGAGCCGGAUGAGGCCGAGCCGGAGCCGGAGGAGGAGGAGGAGGAGGCGGCGGCCCCUACGUCUGGGCCCACUUUGGGGGGCUUGUUUGCCUCUCUCCCUGCACCCAAAGGUCCGGCCUUCUUGCCUCCGCUGCCCCAGAUGCUGGCCCCAGCCUUCCCCCCGCCGCUGUUGCUGCCCCCGCCCACCGGCGACCCCCGGCUCCAGCCUCCUCCCCCGUUGCCCUUCGGCCUGGGAGGCUUCCCGCCACCUCCCGGCGUGAGCGCGGCGGAAGCGGCGGGAGUCGGGGAGGGUCUGGGACUGGGGCUGCCCGCGCCCCGAGGUCCCGGCCUCAGCCUGCCGCCCCCGGUUGGCGGUGCCGGGCCCCCCCUGGGGCUUCCCAAGCCAAAGAAGAGGACAGAGCCGGUGAAGAUAGCGGCGCCGGAGCUGCAUAAGGGGGAUUCAGAUUCUGAGGAAGAUGAGCCCACAAAGAAGAAAACUGUCCUUCAGGGAUCUGGUGAGGGGACUGGUUUGUCUGCCUUGCUUCCCCAACCUAAAAACCUGACUGUGAAAGAGACUAACAGGUUGCUCCUGCCCCAUGCCUUCUCCCGGAAACCCUCGGAUGGCUCCUCCGACACGAAGUCCUCCAGACAGGCUUCUAAAACCAAGCCCUCCCCACUCGCCCCUGUUGUGGGUCCCACAACCACCACUCCAUCACCCUCCGCCAUCAAGGCUGCUGCCAAGAGUGCCGCCCUUCAGGUGACCAAGCAGAUCACGCAAGAGGAGGAUGACAGCGAUGAGGAAGUGGCCCCCGAGAACUUUUUCUCCCUCCCUGAUAAGGUUGAGCCACCUGGAGUUGAGCCAUACCCCUACCCCCUCCCUGUUGUCCCAGACGAGCUGCCUCCAGGCACGGAGCCAGAGCCAGCUUUCCAGGAUGAUGCCGCCAAUGCCCCCCUUGAAUUCAAGAUGGCAGCAGGCUCAAGUGGAGCUCCCUGGAUGCCUAAGCUGGGGGAAGACUACAGCUACAACCAGUUUUCCACCUAUGGUGACGCCAAUGCUGCUGGUGCUUAUUAUCAGGAUUAUUACAGUGGUGGCUACUAUCCCACACAGGACCCGGCUCUGGUUCCCUCCCAGGAAAUCGCCCCAGAUGCCUCCUUCAUCGAUGACGAAGCAUUUAAGCGGCUGCAGGGCAAGAGGAACCGAGGGCGGGAAGAGAUCAACUUUGUGGAGAUCAAAGGUGAUGACCAGCUCAGUGGGGCCCAGCAAUGGAUGACCAAAUCAUUGACAGAAGAGAAAACCAUGAAGUCAUUCAGCAAAAAGAAAGGUGAGCAGCCAACAGGCCAGCAGCGGCGGAAACACCAGAUCACAUACCUGAUUCACCAGGCUAAGGAGCGGGAGCUGGAGCUGAAGAACACCUGGUCGGAGAACAAGCUCAGCCGCCGGCAGACACAAGCCAAAUACGGAUUCUAGGCUCCGGGACCUCCCGCACCCAGCCGGCAUCCACUUCCCCUUGGGGACCCCAGCUGUUCCAAGGCCAGGAUCGCUUCCCCUGAGGGACCCAUGGACAUCUUUGAUAGAGUUUUCUUAACACGUUAGAACCCAGCCCCGUUCCGCCUCGGAGCUGGAAGAGACUGCAGCAAUGCCUCGGAGUUCUCAGAGGGGCUUUCCCUGUUGGCUGUGAUGAAAUGUUAAACCCCUCUCUCCACAUUUUUUUUUUUUUAAACCAGACUGUCUGUUGAAAUAAAACACUCAGUCUGACA